AUGAAAUUUAUUUUAAAUCUAUUGUUUAGUUAUUUUUUGUUACUUAAACUAAAAUGUGAAGGAUGCCUUCCUAUGAAAAAUAUAAAAAUUAAUAUAACAUUCAAUGAAGAUAGUAUUAAUAUUGGUUAUAAAUUAGAAAAUAUUUCCACAGAAACUUCUAAAAUACCUGAUACAAAAACAACAACAGAUUUUUAUUAUAUUGAAACGUCUUCUGAAAAACCUAUUGAAAAUGAAAAUUUAAAUAAAAAUGAUAUAGAAAAAGCAGCAAAAAGUUUAUCUGAAUAUGUUGAUAAAAGUGUUGAUCCAUGUGAUGAUUUUUAUGAAUUUACUUGUGGAAAUUUUAUAAAAAAUAAUCCUGCUCCAAAUAAUAGUACAGCUAUAGGACCAAUUAUAGGAAAUUAUAAAGAAUUUAUAGAAUAUACAAAAAGUAUAUUUUCAAAAAAAGAAUAUAAAAACUCAAAAGCUUUAGAAAAAAUUAAAAAACUUUUUUAUAAAUGUUAUUCAUUAAAGAAGAAUGAAAAAAAUGUAUGCAUUACUUAUGCUUUUAUCAUAGGACAAUAUUUUUUUGUUUCAGCUUACCUAAAUGAAAUAGCAAAUAACAAAGAAUAUGAAGAAAAAUAUGAUGAUAUUCAAAAAAUGAUUGAUAAAAUAUUAGAUGAAUAUGGUUUAUUAUUACUUUAUGAGAAAGAUGAUAUUUUAGAUGAUAAAACAAAAAUUAAUUAUAUGGUAAAAAUAAGAAAAAUGAAAUUUUCAAGAGAAGCUUUACAUUAUUUAUAUAAUGUAUCAAAUACAGAAGAAUGUUAUAAACAUUUAAAUUUCAGUGAUGAUUAUAGUGUAACUAGAAUAAUUAUGAGUAUAAUUGUGGGUAAAAUUUCAAUGCCUAAAGAAAAAAAUGGAAAACUAUUUUCAUGUUCUGAUUUUUUUUUACAAUCUGAUAUUCUAUCAACUGCUAUUGAUAUUAAUGCUGUUCAUUUUUAUGGAAAAAAUUCUAUAAUAAUUUUUCCAAAAUUUCUUAAUGAACCAUUUUAUAAUAUAAAUUAUCCAAAUUCUCUUAAAUAUGGAACUAUUGGUUUUAUUAUUGGUCAUGAAAUUAUUCAUGGUUAUGAUAUUUAUGGUAUAAACUUUGAUCAUGAAGGUAAAAUAGAUAAAAAUAUGACAAGUAAUUAUACAAGAACACAUAUCAAAGAACGAUAUGAUUGUUUUUUGAAACAAUAUAAUAAUCAAACAAAUGCAAAUAUUACUUCAAAAGCUAGUGUAAAUCAAAAUAUAGCUGAUAAUGGUGGAAUAAAAAUUGCUCAUAGAGCAUAUAUGAAAUAUUUGAAAAAUAAUAAUGAAAAUCACAUAAAAAUUCCUGGAUUUGAAGAGUACACAAAUGAACAAUUAUUUUUUAUUAGUUUUAGUAGAACACUUUGUAUUUCAGUACCAAAUAUAAUAGAUUCAAAAAAUAAUACAAAGCCUAUGAAAAAUAAACUGAAAAACCGUGUAAUUAAUGCUUUAUCUAAUUAUAGACCAUUUUCAAAGGCAUUUAAUUGUAAAGUUGGAAGCAAAAUGAAUCCUAUAAAUAAAUGUGAACUUUGGAUGAAUUAA